GAGGAAGCUGGAAGCUCCUCUAGUGUCUACUGUACUCCCCCUUCCUGCAAGCACCAUGGCGUCCAUGUGGUCGUCCUUCACCUACGUCCUGCUGCCGCCUGCGGUGGUUCUGCUGCUCUUGAUGACGAUCCCGUUCCCGGGCGUCAUGUUGAACCGCGGCAUCGUCAACUUCGGCGACGUGGUGUUCAACAUCCGCGUCGGCACGCUCAGCGUCUUCUCCGUGAUCACGGCCGUGUCCUUCGUCGUGCUGGUGGCGCAGACCAUCGACCUGCAGAAGCGCUACUCGCUGCCGCACGACCAGCACAUCGAGGCGCACUACUCGGCCGACCUGCAGAAAAAAGCCUCGCGGUGGCGAUCCGAGCGCAACUGGUGGAUCAGCGCUCUCACCUUCACGAUCUACUGGAUGCUGCUGCGCUUCCACGCCAUGAAGAAGAAGCUGCUCAAGGCGCAGCGUCACGAGGAUUAAGAAGGGCCCCGGCACAUUGUGCAUACUAAAUGUGGCCGAACGUCUAGCAGCAGCUUAGGUGCUGCGUGGAAGGACGGAGGUGUCCUCGCUUCGGGACCCAAACCAGUGAGUUUGCCUAAAAAAAAGUAGUCGAAUUUGAAUUCCACAUCAAAAU